AGCUUUCGUCGUGUCAUGUGCCUUGGUUGUCAUGCCGUCAUUUUCGAGGAUUUGAUCGACUUGAUGCCAUCUCUAUUAAACUCACUGGUGCCUCUGAACGCACGCUGCUCUCCUCUCCGUAGAGUUGUCUGAGCCACUACGGUAAUCAUCCACUAAUUUAAUUACCGCGUCCCCGGGUACUCGUGCUAAUGCACAUGACUUGAUGCAUCUCCUCAACUAACGCUGCGCUCCAUAGGCUUAGUUGUUUGAACCACUACUGUGUAAUGCACGUGAUCAGAUCCGCUUUAAUCGCGUACUAUUAUACAUUAAUCGGUGGCAGGCUGUACGCUCUGUAUACAACGGAAAAGAGUGCAGCAGAGCUGUAAUCAGUCUAGCUUGCUUUGCUUGCUUCACCUACCAAGUCAUCAGCACACCCGGAGAUUCUGAGAUCUCAACUCUGUUGCAAGAGACUCGUACGGUGCCUGCUGCCGGAGAUGGCGGAGACGGUGGUGAGCAUGGCGAGGUCCAUGGUGAGGGGCGCCAUCAGGGUGGCUGCUUCUGCCGCUGCCGCUGAGGUGGGCCUCCUCGUCGGCGUCCGAAAGGAUAUCUGGUUCAUUAAAGACGAGCUCGAGACGAUGGAGGCAUUCCUGGAGGUCGCUGAAUCAAUAAACAAGAAAGAUGUGCUCCUGAAGGUGUGGGCAAAACAAGUAAGGGAUCUGUCAUACAACAUUGAAGAUU